CGUCAAAAAUGAGGGUGUGCUAUCCGGAUCAAACACUCUGCCAGGCAGAGGAACUGAAGAAGAUACCACAAUAUAAAAACCAAUAUCUUUGGGGUAGGUUCAAUCAGUUCCGUGUUACCACUGGUUACGUAACCAUUAAAGUUCCUGAAGAUGUUCAAGUCGUUGCUUCUGCUGUCCGCCGUGGUGUUCAUUACGGUGGAGCCUGCCAAGCUGGGGGGAUCCAGCUACCGAACGGACAUCCUGCACGAGGUUCCCGUGAAGCAUCACGAGAUUGGGGGAGUGAUCAAGUCCAAAGGAAUUAAGGAGCUCAAGAAGCCGCAUCAUCUGGGCGAGGUGGAGAGUGAACUGGCUGGAGAUCAUGGCGACUUCCACUCGUAUCCCAAGUAUCAGUUUGAGUACGGGGUCAAGGACACCAAAACUGGAGACCACAAGAGUCAGUGGGAGAUGCGGGACGGAGACAUCGUGAAGGGCGGAUAUACUUUGGACGAACCGGACGGCACCCAGCGGAUCGUGGAGUAUCGCGCCGAUGACAAGAACGGAUUCGAGGCCAUCGUGAAGACAAUCGUGCGGCCACAGAAGCUGCACUUGGUUGAUGAGCAAGGCCACGUCGGGCAUCACGUGGGGCAGAGCUACAGCAAGUUGAAAAAGUUCAAUUGAGACGAACUGCGGAAAAAUGUGUGAAUAAACUGUGUGAUUGAACCAUGAAUGGCGUUGGAAUUUAUUUACCUGUGUUCAGCGAACAAGUGCCAAGCAAUGACGUCCGCGUGAACGA